UGCUGAUGAAUUUUGUGGAGGAGGUGAAGCGAAAAAAACCCAAACCAAAGAAUUACCGCUUCCAUUAUGAGUGGGAAAGUGAAUUCCUCUUCACGAUGUCCAACGGCAAAUGCACUUGCCUCAUCUGCCAUGCGACGGUGGCCAUCAGCAAGAAGAGCAACCUGCGACGACAUUUCACCACCAUGCACAAACAAUUCAUCGUUGAUUAUCCCGAGAAUUCAUCUGCAAGGGCCAUGAAGGUGGUCGAACUGAAAUCAAUCUUUCCAUCAUCCACGCUGAUGGAUGAUUGUGCAAACAUGAGGAUGUCGCCAACAAAGUCACCGACGCCAACCAGUACAGCUGAUUACUUUAAUUUCUAUCCUCAGGUAA